AUGUGCAAGGCGAAUGUACAGCAACAGCAGCAACACUUACUCCUCGCAUCAUACAGUAGUAGUACCUCAUCAAGUAAUAGCGAACAACAACAACAUAAAGAUAACAAAAAGGAAGACAAGAGCGAACAGGUACAAGAGGACAACGAUGUCCAACAACAUAGUUCGUGGAAGAUGUUACUAUUGACAGGUGUUCAGAUUAUGGGUUAUGUAUACUUGAUAAGAACAUACGUACUUGAUUACUCAAUGUGCACAGGUUCAUCAAUGUUACCAACACUCAAUGAUCAUGGUGACUUUGUAUUGGUUGAUAAGACUCAGUUGAGACCUAUCAAGAGAGAUGAUCUUAUAAUGGCAGUGUCACCAGUUGAUCCUGCUGGUAACAUUUGUAAGCGAGUCAGGUAUCUGGCAGGCGAUGUCAUUGAGUAUCAAGGACCACUUGGCAUCGUCAGACGUAUGCAAAUACCCGAGGGCUACGUAUGGGUUGAAGGAGACAAUGCCAAGACAUCAUUCGACUCUCGCAACUAUGGUCCUGUUCCACUAUCCCUUGUAAAAGGUCGUGUAAUAUGUAGAGUAUAUCCAUUCUCAUGGCUUGAUACACCAUGGCCUGCUUCAACAUCCACUACAAGAGUAGAGUAG